GGUAACUUGCAGGAGUCGGUUCAUCUCCGUCAAAAAAGUUUGAUAUUCGACGCACUCAUUAGGCAAAACGGCCGCACGUGCGCAGUAAAUUCACCGUGAACGGACCCCUUCGUUCAUCUCCAAGCUCAGCGUCAUGAGGGAGAGUCUUCCAGCCACACGCUUGACCAUGUCGCUCAUGAACCAGGCGGACCCGAACGGGCGCGAUCUGCGACUCUGGCUGCUCUCAGCUACGACGCACCACGGCGUAACAUACUACCGCAUCGCAGGGCGCUUCUCCUCGAGCGGCCAGACGUGGGAGGUGAGCCACCGCUACUCAGAGUUCCUCAAGCUGCGCGAUCAGCUGGUCAAGUAUCUGUCUUCGUCCACAGACAAGUGCCCUGGUUGCCGCAACUAUCUGCACUCGAUCCAACGCUUCGACUUUCCCAAGAAGCACCUCUUUGCGUCCAGGGCGCCACCCGUCGUCAACUAUCGCGUCAAAGCGUUACGCUCCUUCCUCAACCUGCUGGCGUCCUGGGCUUUCUCCAAGACGCCUAAGUGUCCCAUCUGCGGAGGCUACGCCUUCGAGGUCGUGCGCAACUUUGUGCUGGAAGGCGAUGACCUGUCCGCCGACGCAGACAUGAGCUCUAUCCGGGAGUCUAUGGCGGUGGGGGCCUUUGCGGAGCCCAAUUUGGCCAGCACAAGAGGCCAGAGACAUUUGCGAAAGAAUAGUUGGAUGAAGCUUAGCUCGCCCAUGAAUCCGGAUAUGACCCAGAGCAUGUACAUCCCACGCAAUAGCAGCAGACAACCAACGUACCCGUCCUCAGAGCGACGAUACCAGCAGCAACGCAGUCGCCAGGACGUCGAUCCGUACGACGCGUUCAACGACUAUUUGCCGGAAAAGCAAUCGAAGGUCAAAAAGGCAACACAGGCAAACAUGGAACAGAAGAUCCAGAGCGGCAAGUUCGCGUUUGUGCCAUUGCAAGAGUCGAUUGAAGAGAGGAAACAACGUCAUCUCCGCGAACAAGAAGAAGCCAACUCGUAUCAGCAGAAGCUGGUGAAGCACCGCAGCGAACCUCGUAAUCUGUCGGCGCGUCGUCCCCUGGCAGAGAGCGAGUUGUCUGUUGGCACCAGUGCCUUUGAGAGCCCCCACUCAAACAAGCGAGUCGGAAGCCGGAAUGAGAGCUUUAUCUCAGACGUGAGUAUGGCAGCCGAGCCUAUCUUUAUCCAUGGAGACGAACUGAAACGCUACGGCCUCUCGGAUGACGAGCGCAAGGCCAGGAGUGCAACGAGCAGCGUGUACUCAGGCGACGACGAGAUUGAGCUCACGGGAGUGGCGAUGGCGUCGCCUUCGCGAGCGGACAAGAAGAAUGACAGCGACAACUUGUGGCAGCCCUGGGAGCUGGCCAGAGUGGCUUAA